AAAAAAUAUAUUUUUAGAUUCAGAAGCUAAUUGCAAUUCACAAGCAAACACAAAUAAGAAAUUAUUUGUUUAGAUUGAACCCUUCGAUAAACCAAAGAUUCAAUUAGAUCCUAUAAAAUCUCAGAAGAAGUGGAGUCUAAAAUACAUCAGCAAUAGAGUUAUGAUGGAAUUAUCAAAUGAAGCUAUGGCUUAUAGUGAUAUUUGUUAAUAAUUGACAGAGGAGAUGAUUUAAGAGUUUAAUGGAUAAUACAAUGAUAAACAGAAAGAAAUCAAAAAUCUUAGAAGAAGAGUUUAUGAUGCAUUAAAUGUUAUGAUUUCAAUUGGAAUAGUAAUUAAGGAGAAGAAAUUGAUAAGAAAGAAUACAGAAACAUAAGUUAAUCUAACAAAAUAGAAUUUAAUAAUUAGAAAAGUAAUAAAUUAAAAUUAAUUUUAACAGCAAAAUUUAAAAGAAUAAUUAUAAAUAAAGAAAACUUCUGCAACAAAUCAAAUUAAAUAAUAAGAAAGCCUUAAGAAACUUGUAGAAUUGAAUAAAAUGAGAGAUGUAGAUGAAAGUGAGAAAAUAAGAUUUCCAUUCAUUCUUGUCAAAACUUAAUUAAAUAAUAAUGAUGAAGUAUAAUAUAUCCAUAAAACUAAAUUAGGAUGAAUUAGUACUUGAAUAAAAUAAAUCAAUGGAUUAUUUGAAAGUCUUUAGUAAGAACUAACUUGAUCUAUAGUUAGAUCUAAAUGUAGUACAAAAACUAUUUCAAAUUGAACAUAUGAUAUUGUGA